AUGUAUGGACUAAAUGUAUGGACUGAAAUUCAUGGACUUAAUGUAUGGACUGAAUGUAUGGAAUUAAUUUAUGGACUGAAUGUAUCGACUGAAUGUAUGGACUUAAUGUAUGGACUAAAUGUAUGGACUGAAUUAUGGACUGAAUGUAUCGACUGAAUAUAUGGACUGAAUGUAUGGACUGAAUGUAUGGACUGAAUGUAUGGACUUAAUGUAUAGACAGAAUGUAUCGACUGAAUGUAUGGACUGAAUGUAUCGACUAAAUGUAUGGACAGAAUGUAUCGACUAAAUGUAAGAACUGAAUGUAUGGACUGA